AACAACAGUAUCAUUAGUUCUUUAUAAAAGGAUAAUGUACAGUACCUGUAUUUGAAAUGGAGAGGAAGCGACUGAUACAAAGGGGCGUCAGCUGACAGAAGAGGGUGUAUCUCUAUCCCUCACCUCCUGAUGCUCAGUCACCUGCAGAAUUAACUUCUUGUGAUAACUUGUGUGGUAUUGUUGCCUUACAAUGUCCAUCACAAUUGACAUUCAGCUGAACAGAUCCAGCAAAAUUUACCACCCAGGGGAGACAGUGAGUGGAGUGGUGGUGGUGGACAGUCGGUCAGACACCAGACAUGAUGGCAUUACACUCACCAUGGAUGGAAUGGUGAGCAUCCAGCUGUCACCCAGGAGUGCUGGACUGCUCGAGUCCAUCGUCAGUUCCUCAAAGCCAGUCCCUUUGCUCAGCCAUUCUGUUGUGAUUGCAAAAUCUGGAAAAUUGCCAGCAGGACAAACAGAGCUUCCUUUUGAGUUGCCUCUUGCACCGCGCUCUACCUCCAAGACACUUUAUGAAACAUACCAUGGCAUCUACAUCACUGUGCACUACUGUCUGCACUGUGAUCUCAAGCGCAGCCUCCUAGCUAAGGAUGUCAAUAAAUCACAAGAAUUUAUUGUAGAAUAUAAGACUGGUACUGAAGGAAAAAAUCAAAUGGAAGCCGUCAACUUUGAGAUUCGUCCUGAGACUCUGCAGAAUGUUCGGGAUCGGGCACGCAUUCCUCGGUUCCUGGUGCGGGGCCACCUGGACUCUGUCAACUGCCCGCUUUCAAAACCUUUGACAGGAGAACUGACUGUGUGUGAGUGUGAGCGAGGUAUCAGCAGCAUUGAGCUCCAGCUGGUUAGAGUUGAGACCUGCGGCUCCUCUGAGGGACACACAAAGGAAGCAUCAGAAAUUCAAAACAUCCAGAUUGGAGAGGGUGAUGUUUGUCGGGGCAUUGCUAUUCCUGUGUACAUGUUGUUCCCACGCCUCUUCACCUGCACCACCACCUUGGCUCCUAACUUCAAAAUUGAGUUUGAACUGAAUAUCGUGAUAAUAUUUGAUAAUGAUCACCUGGUGGUUGAAACUUUUCCCAUCAAGCUGAGCCGUACCUGAGGAGUAUGAGACAUCACCUUACCAUGCCACUUCACUGCAGAGGAACCACUGAAGAGAUUCUUGCAAUCUUUCAUCAGCCCCAAGGAUAUGAAGCAAGACGUUUCCAUCGACAUACCCAAAGUUGUGCUGCAGCGCUGUAUGUUGGACCAGAAAUCUAACCCUCAGGUGGCUGUAAAACUUAAUUUUCUGGCACUUGAUCCAAACUUUAGAAUGAAGAGAUUCAUUAGCAUUUUGGGUGGCACCCUUCAGGCAUCUCCUGAGGAGAUUUGGGUUGCCAAGAUCUGUGUAUAUUGCUUUAAUGUAUUCCAACUUUUCCUUAGGAAGCUUAGCUAGGAAAAGCUCCUCUUUCUCAUGAUCUCUAGCACUCUCUGGAAGGUUCAGUGCAAUUGCCUUUUUGUAAAAGCACCAUUUGGGCAAAACUGAUGGUUAUGCUCUUGGUUGUUGGAUAUCUGGUGGUAAUAAGAUGCCCAAACUGCUCCUUGCAUUUCUUUUAUGCUGCCAUUUUUGUUGUCCCUAAUGGCUUUGCCAUAGUAUGAUGAUAGUUUAUCUAUGACAUCUUUUGGCAAGUUCACUCCUCCCAGACUGCUCCUCUUUCUCUUCUUGCCAGUCUCAGUGGUGAUUGUCGCAGACCCAUAGUCCAAUGCCCAUAGUCUUGCACCCAUCCUUUUGCUCACAUGAUUCACACAUUCUUCUUUUACAACUGGCACUUCAUAUGGGCCCCUUCCUCCAUUCAGCUGGCAGAUGGCACUGUAGGCACUAGAGUCACCAUCACCAACAAAAGUUGUGAAGUGCAUCUUGUAGUGAGUUGAUCAAGACCAGAUGCGUAGGGCAAUUUCAGUUUCCAUGGCCCCUGACUUUCCAUCAAAGUUUGCACGGUAAUCAUGUUGCUUGUUAGUUUUUUACUUGCAUGAUAGAUAAAAGUUACUGAGAACUUCCAGAUCCAAGAUGAGGCCUGAAUUUAUUUCAACAGCAAGUCCAAUGCCAAUGUGAGACUUGUGUCCACGUGUCAUCCAGCUGGCAUCAAAGCUGACAUCCACAUCCAGGAUGCCAUUUUCAUUCGGUACACGUUGCAGAUCUUCCAUGUAAAACUUGAAGACUGCUUCUCUGGUUUCCUUUAUCUUCUCUAAAAAAAAUGGAUCCAUCUCCUGGUAGAGGAAGUUGCAAUAAUUCUGGAAUAAAUGAAGAGUUAUCCUUCCACCUGUCACCAGUGCAUUAUGCAUUUUCACUCCAUUAAAUCCAAUGCCAGAGACGAGGCCGAAAUAUACUUCACUCAACGUGAUGAUGGAUAAGUGGCUAGCACGAGGAUUAUGAAGAAAAGGAAAGGGAGCAGAAUCAACAACUCUGUCGCACCGUCUGCACUUGCUCUGUAAACCACUAUCAUCGCUGAUCACAACUAACAUGAGCCUGCACGACCUAUCUGUCCACUUCUGUCUCUUGAUCAGCGUCUUCAGCUGAGAUAGCGACACGGUGAUGUAAGUAUCGCACGUUUCAGGAGCAGGGUUUAAUUUUAGCUUCUCACUUCCAUGUCUCUGCAGAAUCUGCUGCUGAAGAAUGUUAGUGGGUUGAGUGGUGCUCAGUGUAGUACCAGUUUGCAUCCAUAUCUCCUUAGCUGAAAACGUAAUUGAUAAUUCUCCACUGAGUUAGUAAUUUCUAUAUGUAUAAUUAGUUUUUGCGAGCAGUUUUAAGUAAUCUUUAUGUACUGUAUUGUACGUAGAGCAGUUGUCCUCUAACAUUUCCUUGAUCAUAUGAUGAAAAAUUAUUAGUAUAUUAAUUGUUUCUAUUGCAUACAUAACCUAUCACCUUAAAGUUUGUGUGAAGCAUUAUGCACUAAUUGUAUGGUGCUCAGGUUGUAAACUACAAAAUCAUAGAUUUUGAUUCAUACAUUAUGAAUUGUAAGUGAACAUUGAGGAAGAGAGCUCUGUACCAAGCAUUUACUCCUGGUGUUUCUAAAUUUUACAUUAAUGUUUGAAUAAAUGUAAUGAUGGUGAAAGUGAGGUGCCUGAGUAUUGUUACAGUGUGUGUGAAGUGAGUGGCAAAUGAAGAAGUGUAAGGGAGAACAAGUGUUACGCUGGAGUUAGUUCAUGAACUGUAGUGGAAGUGGUACAGUGGAUUGGUCAUGUAAAGAUGACAGAAUAAAAAAGUUAAUGAAAAAGCUUAGGUGGUGAACACAAAUUAUAUAUAAAGGACACUGUGAAGAAUGUAUAUAGGACAAUAAAAUUGGUUGUGCUUGAUACAGGUGAAUGGAGAAUUUUUGAAUGUUUGAAGUGCAGCCUUCACAGGCAGCAUUGUUGCAACCAUUUGGUUUAUGAGAGGAAGAGAAUGAAGCAAUUGAUGAGAUCAAAUGACUGUUUUGAUGUACUAUUGUGCAAGUGAUCCUCACAAAAUACUGUACAUGUGGGGCAGUGAGGAUUAUCAUCCUCUCCCACACAUGUAAAGACAAAGAUAGGGAUAUCUAUCUACUUGCAUGUGUGUGUGGGUAGAUGGAUUGCCUUGGUUAUUCCAAGUAUGGAGGCAUGUCAGUCUGACAUUCAAAUAUGUAGAUACUUUUCUAACUAUUGUCUUUGGGAGCAAUGAUAUGCAAUUGUUUUUUGUAAUAGUGCAAUAGAUAUGGUCUUAAUGAUAUUUGUCAUCUAUUUCAGUGUCAAAUGACUUAUAUAAAAAUAUACUAUAUUAUUGUGAUAUUUUACAAUCCAGCAAUAUGGAGUCUUAACUAUUUCCAGUAUGCGAGACCACUGAAACAUACUAUUAUACUCUACAGAUAUGGUAGAAACUCAGGAAAACACAAUAACAUAACCACAAGCAUGAUUGAUGGAUAUAUUUGAUCUCAGUAAUAUAAACUUUAUUCAUUUGUUAGAUAUUAAGAGAAAUCUAGUUAUGUAGAAAAUACUGGAAAUCAGUUUAUACUUGUACUACUACAGGUUUAUUGUUCAUGUGUAAACCAUUACUUAAUGCCAUCAAAGAUAGAGACAUAUCAAUGUCCAGAAGGAUAGAAAUCACUGAAGUAACUCCACACACACACACACACACACACACACACAAAUAAAUAGUGAAAGCAUAAGUACAUAUUAUAAACUAAAAUGUUCAAAUUCAUAUUCAUAUUACAUUCAGAAUUUGUCAGUAUGAAAUUCUGCCUGUGCAAUGAGAAACACCAACAAUUUCCUCUACACUUUUGUAUUGAAGAUCCAAUGUAAAUCUAUCAAGUUUCAUAUUCACAUCUGCAAGAGAGAAAAUACAUGAACUUGUACAAAGUAUUUGUGAAUAAAAAGUAUUUUGUGAA